UGUGUCCUUCAUUUGACGACUCAGUGCUACUGGGGGGCUUACAGGGUGUUCCAUUCCCCGAGGGGGCAGCGCCACCCCCCACCCCGCUCCCAUUCCUCCAUCCCCCGUCCCCAUGGCUCUCUUUCCUGCACGCUGCCCCUGGCAGUCCUCACCCACCCUCUCUUUCUUUCCGUCUGCAUCCUGGCAUUUCCCACGUACCUGCUGGACUUCCUGGGCUUGCGGAACCGGAUAUGCAAAAAAUCGCUCCCCUACUUCUUGGCAAGGUUUACUGUGAUGUACAACGAACAGAUGGCGAGCAAGAAGCAGGAGCUCUUCAGCAAUCUACAGGAGUUCGCAGUCCCCUCCGGGAAGCUCUCCCUGCUGGAGCUGGGCUGCAGCACAGGGCCCAACUUCAAGUUCUACCCGCCUGGAUGCCGGGUGACCUGUAUUGAUCCCAGCCCCAACUUUGAGAAGUUCUUAAUCAAGAGCAUUGCUGAGAACCGACACCUGCAGUUUGAGCACUUCCUGGUGGCUGCCGGGGAGGACCUGCGCCAGGUGGUCGACGACUCCAUGGAUGUGGUGGUCUGCACACUGGUCCUGUGCUCCGUGAAGAACCAGGAGCAGAUCCUCCAGGACGUGUGCAGAGUGUGGAGGCCGGUGAGUGCGGGGAGUGAGUAGGGAGAGACCACCUUCACUGCGUGUUAAGCCGCUAGAGCAUCGGGCUGCAUAGACGCCUGUGGGCUUCAGGUACGGAUCCCAUGGGCCUUAGACAAGCCACUUCAUUCAUUCCUUUGAUCAUUGCUCUAUUCAACAAACAUUUAAAGAAUGCUGACUCUGUAGCAGCACUGUCUUUCCGGGGUGAGAAAUGAGCCUCAGAGAGGUUAAAUGACUCGCACAAAGACAGAUGGCUCAUAAAAAUGGCAGAGACACAAUAAAAAUCCAGGUGCCCUAACUUCUAGGUUAAGAAGACCUAGGCCAGAGAUCUCACCAAGCCAUCCCUCUAGUGGCUUUCAACCUGGGGUCACCUAAGUCCCAUCACAGACUCCAAUUUUCUAAUGAUGAGAACACUGAAUCUCCCGGAGGGCUGCCAGAGCGUCUCCCUUCUGCAACAAAUGAGAACGCGUUAAGUGCACAGAUAGCCAUCUUCAUUUAUAGCAUAUAUUCUUCAUUUUUCACCUUGGGGCCUCAGGAGUUAUCUACAUACCAUUCUCUAGCCCUUUCCUCAAGCAACAGGCAUUAAUCAUUUGUAGAAAAUGAACAACUAUGCUGGGAAAGAAAGGGAGAGUCAGGGCAGAGCAGUUCUCCAACGACAUUGCAGAUGGUAUCACCUUGCAUCUUUGACCUCUGUUAACUUUUCAGAGUUCCUUACGUCAUUGUCUUUAAUUAUAAAGGCAAUUAAUCAAUGUGUCUUACUUGUUUAAAAGAAUUCAAAAAUUCAAGAAGAACAUAGAGGGAAAAAUGAAAGUUCUCCCUUCACUUCCUUAAAUCCCAGUCCCCUUACCUGUCCCUGUUAGUCACUAUGUUAGUGGGUGUCCUUAUGGUUUUUUCUUCUUUUAAUUCAUGUUUCUCCUCUCUGGUGUUUGGCAGUUUUUCUGUCUAUCUCAACUUUACUAAUAAUUACUUUCGGAUUUCAAGUUAUAUUUUAACCAGUACUUCCCCAUCAACAUACCAAAAGUAUAUAGUCAUGUGACACCCUCCACCUAUUUUGUUUUUUAUUUCCAAAUCCUCAUCCCCUCUUUCCUCUCAACACCAUCAUCUCUCCAUCCCAUCUCCUGGGGUUGGUUGAAAUAAUCUGCCAUUUUAAUUUCAACGUUCCGCUAAGGAUUUUUCCCCUUGUCGUCUAUUUCAAAGACCUUUUCUAAUUUAUAACAUAGUUAAAGUCAGUUUAUCAUCAUCCGUUUACUUGCUAUAGAUUUUACUAGAUUUACUGCUCUCCACUGCUUGAUAGGCUUUUGGUCUUCUUUUAUCUUGAGAUGUCUCUGUUUUCAUUCAAAUUUAAUUUUCAUUUGUCUUAACUACCUUCUUGAAUAGGUUCCUGAGAAAUGGUUCACGGAUCUUGCAGAUCUGAAAAUGUCUGCCUCCUACCCUAACACUUUAACAAUAUUUUGGCCAAGAUUCCUUCCCCCUGGAAGCUGUGAGUCUUUUCCAUGGCCCUCGGGCUUUCCAAGUUGCAGAUGAUAACUUCAGUGCCAGUAUAAUUCUCUUUCCUUUUCAGAUAACCUGUUUUUGUUGUUGAUUGUUUUAUGUCUGGGCGUUUUUAGGAUGUUCACUCUUUUUUUUUUU